AUGCCCUCGUUCUUCAGCAAAAAGACCCGCUCCCAGCAGGCCUCCUCUGCAGGUCCCGCGGGCGAGUCUCCGUCGGGUUCAGCUGUACCUCUCCCUCCAGGACCUCCUCCACCACCGCUACCCAACGACCCCUACCAGCUGCUUCAUCAACAGCAACAAUCCUUGGAAGAAUUUGCCGACAAAAGAUUUGAAGCGAAUCGCCGUCCCUCCGAGCCGUUUCCCACCCAUCAGUUUCACGGCCAUCGCCCUCAUUCCCCGCACAGUCCAUAUCCAGCUGUUGAUUUAAGGUACGGGCGGGAAGAGGACCAUCAACAACAACAACAAUACCGCCAUCCUGCACACAAUCGUAGCCAACCCUCUAUCGACCGGCCUACUAUCAGUGUGGUGACGCCUAGUCAGCAGCAGCAGCAAAUUGACGAUAGUGGUUACCAGAGCCCAGACCGUGCCAGAGAAUCUAUUGACCAACAACAGUGGCCCACCAGCGCACACAACACUUCAACCCCGGACCUACUCCAAGACAGCGGCAAGCUACAAAAGAAGAAAAAGGGAUUCUUCAGCCGGAACCAGAGCGUCGCAUCCAGCAGCCCAGCUACAAAACAAUCCGGCAAAAAAGAAAAAUCGCUCGGUCGGUCAGCUUCCAUCAAGCACUCGUUCGGACGAGACAGCACCGUACCGCCGUCGCAGUCGUCAUCGGAGUAUGGAAGAAGAGUAACCACGCUAUCGACGAGUACACAUUCAUUAGACCAAAACCAGAGUCGGUCGACGUUGGAUAACGCCAGUCAACCGUUUGAGUCGGAGGCGUCGCUGCGACCACCAACUGCGGAAACGCCUGCUAGUCCGAAUAGACCGAGUCAGCCGCAUACGCCGUUGGAGAAUACGCAAUCGCCGCAACGCUUAGGUGUGGACGUUAGCGAUCGCAGUCAUCUGGGGUGGCAGCACAGGCGGUCUGAGAGCUUUGAGUCGAUUCCUAGCCAGGCCUCCUCUCGUCGACCAUCUAUUCACACGAGCGUUGAUCCAUCGGUAAGCGAUAUGGCGACUUCACAGCAACCAAUGGGCACACGACCGACAGAGUCGCAGUCCCAGAUCCCGUCUCGUAAGGAUUCGUUGGCGACUCCGAGUGGACAACCGUAUCUUCAGAAUGCAGCACAGGGAUCGUUCAAGAAUGCUUCACAGCAGAAUCUGAACGAUAUGCAGGGUCGCGAGACGCCACCGUCGGCACAGCUGAAUUCUAAGGUGCGCGAAGAAUUGGAGAAUUUGGAUGUUGGUGCAUUGAUUAUGAGGCAUGAAGAACUUCAGGCCAAAUAUCAAAAAGUCAAGAGGUAUUAUUUCGAAAAAGAGGCGCAGGUCACAGCGCUCCAGAAUACGGUAGCUCAUCAGCGAAUGGCUGUUUCGCGUACGGUUCUGGAUGACAACGAGUACACGGCCAGGUUUCAGCGUCUUGAUGGUGCUAUCAAGGAACUUGCCUUUUCGAUAAGAAAAGACUGGAGAGCUAUUCCUGACUGGUUGCACCCGUUUGUUAAUGACGAUGCAGUGACGGUGGGCACUAAAGAGAUGACAGGCGUCGGUCGUGCAGUGAUUACUCGAUGGGUAGUUGAGGAUGUAUUCAACCGUUACUUUCAUCCUGGCUUGGAACGCAGUUUUAGCGAACGCCUCAAGGCUAUUGAGAUGAAUCUGCGCCGCCAACAAACCCAAGUCUUUAAUGAUGACGACAAAGAAAACCAGGUGGCUCGUAUCUCGAACUGGAGGCGGACUACGCUGGAUGGAUUGGCGGAUGUGCUGCAAGCCAAGACCACGCAAGAAAAUAUGGAUCAAUUGGUCGAGUAUCUGGUUGAAAAGCUUUCGGCAACGCUGCAGUGCGAUUUAAAGGAACCCGCUCCACCGGAACUUGCUCAUUAUACACGGAUGAUUGUCGAGAAUGCAAUCAACAUUGCUGAGAAGAUUCCACAAGAAGCGCGAGACAUUGUGGUCGAUUACAUUCAGCCUGGAACUUUUGUUUCGGAGAUCAACAUGAAAGUUGAAACGGGUUUGCCGGCAUUGACGCGACCAAUUGCUGAAGCCAGAGAUGAUAUUGCAAGCGAGGGCAACGAAGAAAUGGAAACUGACAACAAAGAGCAACCAACUCAACCACAACAACCCGACACUCAAGGCAAAUAUAUUCCUCAAAACCGAGAACAACGAAAGAAGUAUCCAUUCGGAAGUCUAAUGAGCAAGAAAUCGGCGGCAUCGCCGAAUCCCGCACCUGCACAAUCACAGGGUCAGACUCAAGGGUUGGCUACAUCUCCUGACAAUGCUACAAGUAAUAAAGAACGAGAUGAGCAAUUACAGCAGCAAGACAAGCGAUCCCGGGUGCGACUCUCGACGUUCAUGACGGUGGAGGUCAAGGGCCGCGGGCCGAAUAAUAUCCUUGUCCAAGCGCCGGUUUAUACCAUAGAGUAG